AAGUUCAUCCUUAUCUUUAUGUAAUGAAACAAACCACGUUUUUUAUGUCAUGCUAUUCAAAUGUCUAACCAUCAUACUCAUCUUCCAACUACUCCAAUAUAAGGGUAAACACACUUAAUUUCACCUGGUUGCAAUCUUUUGUGGAUGACUUCUUCGUGUUCGUAAUAUCAGUACAUAACCUCAUUAGUACUCAUCAGUCAUCACUACCUCAAAAAAAAAAAAAAAAAGAAAAAAAAAAGAAAAAGAAAAAAAAGAAAAUGGCAGGUGGAAUUGAUGCUUCAGACUAUGAACACCAGGUGUUCGACAGAAUGCAAAUGCUAAAAGCCUUCGACGAAACAAAAGCCGGCGUCAAAGGGCUAACCGAUUCCGGACUUCUCGAAAUUCCCGCCACUUUUGUACGGCCACCCGAUGAGCUGGCUGAAGAAUCGACGUACAAAAGGACACAAAUUCAAGUUCCGGUAAUUGAUCUGAGCGAAAUCGAUGACGCGGACAUGCGGAAGAAGAUUGUCGAAGAAGCAAGAAUUGCGUCGGAAACGUGGGGAUUUUUCCAGGUUGUGAAUCAUGGGAUUCCUCAAACUGUUCUUGAUGGGAUGAUAGACGGAAUACGCGAUUUUAACGAUCAAAAUAUCGAGGAGAAGAAGAAGUAUUACUCGCGAGAUAACACGAGACGAGUGAGGUUUAAUAGCAGCUAUGAUUUGUUUACGUCAGCAACUGCCAGCUGGAGGGAUUCUUUGACCAUUUCCUUCUCCGGCCCUGAUCCAAUGGAUGAAGAUGAAUUGCCCCCUUCUUGCAGGGAAUCAUCUCUAGAAUACUCGAAACACGUCGAGAAAUUCGGAAAUACUCUGCUCGGGAUAUUAUCCGAGGCCAUGGGGCUCAAAUCCGACCACCUGGAAAAAAUGGAAUGCUCUAAGGGCCACCGCCUCGGGGCCCACUACUAUCCACCGUGUCCUAAACCCGAACUAGCUAUCGGGACAACAAAACACUCUGAUCCUGGAUUUCUUACGAUACUUCUCCAAAACCAAAUCAAUACUUGUCUCCAGGUUCUUUAUCAGGGCCGAUGGGUCGAUAUUCACCCCAUUCCAGGAGCUUUAGUAAUAAACAUUGGUGAUCUUCUCCAGUUGGUAUCGAACGGGAGGUUUCGAAGCAGCACGCAUAGGGCAAUAGCAAGCUUGACGGGACCGAGAAUAUAAUAUCUGUGGUGUGUUUUUUCUCGGGGCCCGCUAAUGGGAGUACGAUUUACGGGCCGAUUAAAGAGAUUUUAUCAGAAGAAAAUCCGCAAAAGUAUAGAGAUGUUGUGUUGGGUGAAUAUGUCACCAAAUUUCUCAGUACUGGAUUGGACAAUUAUCGUGCUCUUGAUUAUUACAAGGUGUGAAGAUAUUACGGUGUCGUUCGUGUUUUUUUAUAUCUGUAAUUUUUCAGUGCAAUGGAGUGCUCUUUUUUAUUUAUUAAAUUCACUUUCGGUUUACGGUGUAGAUCGUGUUUUUCUUUUGCUGUUCGUUUAUGGGAGUUAUUUGAACAUAUCUCCUUGUGUAAUCUGUAAUGGCUUAAAAAAAGUCCCCGUAUUAAAAGAAUUAGCAAUUACCCCUUA